AUGUCCAAUCCAAUGAUGUCGCUAGCGGAAAAGACCGCACAUAAGAGAAAUUUGCUAAGGAUCAGGCUUGCCAGGUUUGGACGUAAACACCAACCAAUAUACAACAUUGUAGUGCUGAAGGCCAAAUCAGCGCAGCAGAAAUUACCCAUUGAAGUCAUUGGUACAUACAACUCGAUUCCUACUCCCAAGCCAGGGUUCGACAAGUCGAUGCCCGUCAAGGAUAUAAGUUUGGACUUCCAUAGAGCCAAGUACUGGUUAGGUAGAGGCGCUGAGCCCACGGAACGCGUCGCUUGGUUGUUCAAGAAGGCUGGUAUCUUGCCCAGUUUCUGGCCCUCUACGCUGAAGUUGAGUCAAGAAAUCAGCUCCCCCGUGGUGGAAGAGAUACGAGAGGCGCAGGAGCUGCCGGUGGAAGACGUGAGAAGAAGAGGAGAUACAAGGGUCUGA